AUGGCAGUGGGCGGCGUCGUAACGCAGACCGCUCCUUCUCACCAACAAUUCCCUGGCAGUCGCAGCGACUCCUUCUCCACCCUGCCCUACUCCAGCACCGCCGUCGCCUCCUCCCCUCGCAAGCUGCCCGUAUUCACUUCCAUCAAGCACUCCGCAAGUCAUGACGACCGCCGUGGCCUCUUGGCCUCCUCUUCGAAGUCGAGUCGCCAGUCUGCCCUGCGCUCCACCCUCCGCGACAUCGACACCAAGACCACCCCCAUGACGGCCACUACUACCACGACUUCUACCUCCACCGCCUCGCUUCCUCCUGCCAAACGCACCGACGCACAACAUGCUCGCCUUCAUAAGCGCGGCAGCUCAACCACCUCUCUACCAAUCUCUCCCGCCCUCCCCACCGGCCCUCAUUCAACCUUCACAACCCCCUUCGCCACAUACGAGGAGCCUUUCCCCGACCUCCUACCCGCGCCACCCUCCGCAUCUACACCCAAAAUAAAGCCCUACCUGCGCAAAAUGACAUCGGGAAGCAGGGAGGAUGUGGAUCAAGGUCGACUCGACCUGUCCAAGUCGGUCUCUGAGAGCGCCGCGAUGGCGGGCCUGGGCAUUACAGAAUUUGCCCCCAGAACGGAGGCCUUACCGAGUGGAAGAAGGUCGACACACACUCGCACUACUAGCGUCAACUCCCAGAUGUCUACCGGCUCGGGCUCUUUUCGACCCACCCUCCCAUUUGUCCAUCCUAUGCGUCAGACGCCCAAUAGAGCCUAUACGCCGCAGACGGACGCCUCUUCCAUGGACGACGAGGAGAGGCGGGAAAGCAGCGAUGUCGUACCGGAAGAAGAGCCUCAUCCCGCGCCUCCUCCGCUCCGCAGGAGAAGCACCUCGCUCUCCUCCACCACUCAAGUUGUCGCGCCAACUCCACUCUCUCAAACCCACACGGCCGCCGACCUGCGCUCAAUCUCCAAACUCACCAGCACCGUCUCGCAGACCAACCUCUCCCUCAAAUCCGCCGGCCGCUCGCGCGCAGGGACCAAUCGCUCCCUCGAUGUCUCCAAUACACCCUCCUCCCGCACCAGCCUCGACAAAUCCUUCUCUCUCAUCUCCACCUCGCGCCGCUCCGACCCCAACGACCCGCAAACGCGCGAAGACCGCAUCCGCGCCGCACGCCGCAAGUUCGAGGAAAAGGAAGCGGACAAGGACCGCAAGCUAGAGGCACGACAGCAGUCUGAAGUCGCGAAGCAGUCGAAGAAGGAGGAGCGGUCGAGGCGGAAAUCCGAGGCCUCUUCUCUAGUUGCCGAUCAGCCGCAGCGACAGCCGCGCAUCUCCAAGGCGAGGAGUCACGCGGAUGGUCUGAGGACGCUGAAGUCUGACGAGGGUAGAAUCACUGCGCUACCCGCGCCGUCAGUUCAGGAAGAAGCAAAGUCAGAGACGCAUCGGCGGCCCAGUGCUGCUGGGGCAAAGAGCGGCAGAGAAGAAAAGAUGGACCGCAGUGGAUGGGCGCGCUUCUCCACUUGGUUCAAUACCAGGCUGUGUGGCAUGAAACGAUCAUGA